CAGACAGCAGUGGUGAGCCAAGCGGACAUUUACCAUGAAACUGGUCCUACUGAUAGCUCUUUUUACAGGCAAUUUUUCCUUUCUCGCUGCUUCAUGCCCAGAAAAUGAAGAGUCGGUGUACUGCGAUGGAUCUUACCUGGUCCCGCAAGUAUACUGCGGAGGCGCAGGUCUUGACGACACAUGGCGCUGCGGAUGGGAAAAUCGUAGGAUGUGUCGAUGUAAAGCUGCUUACGCACGUGAAACGAACAACACAUGCGUGCUCGUAGAGAACUGCAAAUAUGGACUGUACGAGCAUCCAAUCCGAUUCUAUUUCGAAAAAGAAGAAGUCUCAGAAAGUGAGCACAAAAGCCCGGCUCACCAAGGAACAAGGCAACAACCUUACCGAACUUGGUCAGAAAGCUUUGGAGUUUCUUCACAGCCACGGCCCUCUUUACCUUCAAAUGAUGAGCGAGGAUGAAUGGAACAACAAUAGCUGCUUAUGCGUAAAGUCUCUAUUUCUAGCCGCACAUACUGACGGAUGUGAACGCACUUUGGAGUGCUACACGUACGUGAG